GUUGUCAGGCUGACUUCUGGGGCCCCCACUGCACUAACCGGUGCCAGUGUCAGAACCGGGCCCAGUGUAACCCCAUCACGGGGGCGUGUGUGUGUACGGACGGGUACCAGGGCUGGCGCUGUGAGGAGCUGUGCGAGGCAGGGCUCUAUGGGAAGGGAUGCCAGCUAGAGUGCCAGUGUCUCAACGGUGCCACCUGCCAUCACGAGACCGGAGAGUGCCUCUGUGCACCGGGAUACACCGGGGCUAUCUGUGGUGAGCGGUGUCCCUCUGGUAGUCAUGGCGCCCAGUGUGAGCUGCGUUGCCCGUGUCAGAACGGUGGAACGUGCCAUCACGUCACGGGGGAGUGCUCCUGCCCCGCUGGAUGGAUGGGCUCGGUGUGUGCCCAGCCGUGCCAGUUUGGCACCUACGGCAUCAACUGUAGCCAGGAGUGCCCCUGCCGGAACAGAGGUCUGUGUGACCACAUCAGCGGGCAGUGCCAAUGUACCGCCGGCUACAGAGGAGAGAGAUGUCAGGAGGAGUGUCCGGGGGGGUCGUACGGUCCUCAGUGUUCACAUAAGUGUGACUGUCAGAACAGAGCGAGGUGUUACCAUGUCAACGGGGCCUGUCUGUGUGACGAGGGGUUCAAAGGUCCGAGCUGUCAGGACAGGUUCUGUCCCUCUGGACAGUAUGGACUCAUCUGUGAUAAAUACUGUCCCUGUAACGCCUCAAACACACUCAGCUGCCAUCCGUUGUCGGGGGAGUGUGCGUGCGCGGCGGGGUGGGCGGGUCUGUUCUGCAACGAGACCUGUCCGUCAGGUUACUAUGGCGAGGGAUGUAAGGAGGCAUGUGCGUGUGCCAACGGAGCCGACUGUGAGGGCUUCACCGGCGCCUGUGUCUGUGCCCCCGGGGUCAAAGGUGAUGACUGUUCUCUGACCUGUCCUGCUGGGGUGUAUGGGGCCAACUGUUCCUCUCCCUGUAACUGCCACAACCAGAUCGCCUGCUCACACAUCGACGGAUCCUGCAUGUGCAGAGAAGGUUGGCAGGGUGUGGAUUGUACCAUCUCGUGCUCCAGUGAUACCUGGGGUCUGAACUGUAAUCAGACGUGCCUGUGUGCCAACGGGGCGGCCUGUGACCCGGGCAAUGGAACCUGUACCUGCGCCCCCGGCUGGAUGGACGAGUACUGUGACACAACCUGUCCCGAGGGCACGUAUGGAGAACAGUGUCGAGAGUAUCAUCCGUGUGACUGUAUCCAUGCCGAUGGCUGUGACCCUGUGAGAGGCGACUGUCGCUGUCUGGCUGGAUGGACUGGUGUGAACUGUGACAGUGUGUGUGUGGAGGGCCGAUGGGGCCCAGACUGCUCCUACUCCUGUACCUGUGAGAACGGAGGCUCCUGCUCACCGGAGGACGGGACGUGUGUGUGUGCCCCCGGAUACAGAGGCACCUCCUGCAGACGCAUCUGUUCUCCAGGGUUCUAUGGUCAGCGCUGCAGUCAGUCCUGUCCUCAGUGUAUCCAUAGCGAUGGUCCCUGUCACCACAUCACAGGACACUGUGAGUGUCUGUCAGGAUUCUGUGGCUCUCUGUGUAACCAAGUGUGUCCCAGUGGCAGGUAUGGGAAGGGCUGUGCAGAGCUGUGUAUGUGUAGUAACAACGGGACCUGUAACCCCAUCGAUGGCUCCUGUCAGUGCUACCCAGGAUGGAUCGGAGAGGACUGCUCUACAGUGUGUCCCCAGGGUGCGUGGGGUCCAGACUGCAUCCAUACCUGUAACUGUCACAACGGGGCUCAGUGCAUCGCUACAGACGGACAGUGUAGCUGCAGCGCAGGGUGGAGCGGACUCUACUGUACACAACGUUGUAGUUCAGGGUUCUUUGGUACCGACUGCUCUGAGGUGUGUCGGUGUCAGAACGGAGCGGACUGUGACCACAUCACUGGUCAGUGCUCCUGUCGGACCGGAUUCAUCGGACACAGCUGUGAACUCAAGUGUCGUCCCGAGUGUCGUCCCGAGUGUCGUCCCGUGUUUGACUGCGUGUCAGCAGCUGUCUGCCCUGAUGAUGGAGGAGCUGAAUCCUACACUAAGAUCAGCCCGGCCUUGGCAUCAGAGCACCAGUCAGCGGGCGCUGUCAUGGGCAUCAUCUUCCUCCUCCUCUUCAUCAUGACCGUGUUGGGGGUGGUGGUGUGGUGGCGGCAUCACCAGAGAGAGAAAGGAGGGCAGCACAUGCCCAGUGUGUCCUACAGCCCUGCCCUGAGGAUCAGCAGUCAGGGUUACUCCCUCUCUGACUACAUGAAGGGUUCCCUGUCCAGCACCUGCUCUCUGAACAGUGAGAACCCCUACGCCACCAUCAAUGACCCGCUGGCCGUGGCCUGUAAACACACAGAGAGCAGCUAUGUAGAGAUGAAGAGUCCUGUCCACCACGACAUGUCCUACUGCUCCUCUGCUAUAGUCACCACCACCGCCACACACACCGUCAGCAAGAAUGUCUAUGAUGUGGAACCCAAGGUGAGUGUUCUCCAGGGCUGUAACGGUGUGGUGGUUCCCACGUACCCUCAGAACCCGUACGACCUCCCCAGGAACAGCCACAUCCCCAGCCACUACGACCUGCUGCCCCUGAGACACAGCCAGAGCUACAGCCCUACACACAGCCAGGACCACAGCCACCAGAGCCACAGCCCACCCUUGCCCGGCAGCCCUACCAGCUCCCUGCUAUAGACAGACCACUCCCGAAAGCUGGGCCGCGACCUUAGACCUAUGACUUACUGUUGGGGCACGGUCUGCUCCACCUGGGGUUGCGGAUAAAGACUGUAAUGUGGCUAUAGAGACAAAGUACCAGUGCAACAUCAAUGUUGGUGGACAUACUAGAUGAUAUACCAACAGAAGCUCUGUGUGGACUCACUGCUGUGUGGACUCACUGCUGUGUGGACUCACUACCGUGUGGACUCACUACCGUGUGGACUCACUAACGUGUGGACUCACUAACGUGUG